AUGAGCAAACCUGCAGGAUCAACAAGUCGUAUUUUGGACAUUCCGUGUAAAGUGUGUGGUGACCGCAGCUCAGGAAAGCACUACGGUGUUUACGCUUGCGACGGCUGUUCUGGGUUUUUUAAACGAAGUAUUAGAAGAAAUCGGACUUAUGUCUGCAAAUCUGGUAAUCAGGGAGGUUGCCCUGUGGAUAAGACUCAUAGAAAUCAAUGCAGAGCCUGCCGAUUGAAAAAGUGUCUGGAAGCGAACAUGAACAAAGACGCUGUGCAACAUGAAAGGGGUCCCAGGACGUCAACUAUACGAAAACAAGUGGCACUGUACUUUAGAGGACACAAGGAGGUCAGUGGUGCGACGCCCCACUUUUCAUCCAACGCUAUACCGGGUCAAGCUUUCUUCACGACAGUCUCCCAGAUAGAACCACACAACCUGGAGCUUGCUACAGUCUCCAGCACCCCAGAACGGCAGCCCAUCGUAGGGCUGGCGCAACCCACUCCUAAGUAUCCACAUGAAGUGAGCGCCGCACCAAUGUAUCUGUAUGAAGUAGCCACGGAAUCAGUAUGUGAGUCGGCAGCAAGGCUAUUGUUCAUGAGCAUCAAAUGGGCAAAAAGUGUACCAGCAUUUUCUACUCUGCCUUUACAAGAUCAAUUAAUUCUUUUGGAAGACUCCUGGAGAGAGCUGUUUGUUCUUGGAAUUGCACAGUGGGCCAUCCCAAUUGAUUCCAACACUCUACUGGCUGUUUCUGGCAUGAGCACAGAGAACACGGACUCUCAGAGAUUAAACAAAAUUAUUACAGAAAUCCAAGCCCUGCAAGAGGUAGUUGGCAGGUUCAGACAACUUCGACUGGACGCAACAGAAUUCGCUUGCCUCAAGUGCAUUGUCACGUUCAAAGCUGUGCCCACCCACACCGGUUCAGAGCUAAGGACCUUUCGCAAUGCACCAGCUGUUGCCUCACUACAGGAUGAAGCGCAGCUGACCUUGAACAGCUAUAUACACACAAGGUAUCCAACACAGCCUUGUCGGUUUGGAAAACUGCUGUUACUUCUGCCAGCUUUAAGAUCAGUAAGCCCCUCCACCAUUGAAGAGGUCUUUUUUAAGAAAACAAUAGGAAAUGUGCCAAUCACAAGGCUGCUUUCUGACAUGUACAAAUCCAGUGAUAUUUGAACAUGAAUGCUUAAUGUUUCAUAUGUCAACAGAGACGCGAGUCCCCAAACCUGAGGACAAAUUAAAUGUCUUUCUGACAAACUUUUUUACUGUUGACGAUAUUAACAGUAAUUUAUUGAACAACAUGAAAUGUUUUGCUUGGAGAUGAGAGUAAUUUCACUCGCACAAUUUGUUCUGAAUAUUUGAGUGAAGUUGGGAAGGACUGUCUGGUAACAGUAUGCAGAAGUUCAGCGCCAUUUAACUUAGAAUAGUGAAUGGUUUUCAGACCCGUGUAACGUUUUAUUGAAGGAAGACGCUUUCAUUUUCAGAACAUUGCAAAACUUGAUUGUAAAUGUAUUACGUUGAUCUAUAUUGUGUGGUACAACAGUAAGGUUUGUGAUAUACCUGAAUACUAAGGUACAAUUAAUUCUAAAUUCAAGGAGAGGUAUACUGUACUUAGUUUUAUUUGGGUUUUUUUUUUGUGUGAUUUACUCCUGUUUUUUUAUAUGAAAAUUUAACUCGCAUCUCAAAGGCAGACAAGCUUUACAAUCAGCGUGCAUUUUCAGUGUGUAAUAUACAGCAAAAGAAACCAAAUAAAGUAGAAUAUGUUUGCUCCAGGCAGCUAGUCGCUGUCCUUGACACAGUGCUGAAACCAAAGGCGAUACUUUUGGAGAACGCUAGGUGUGGGGAAAGGGCGUGCUGUGCCAAAUACAUGGCAUGGUCAAUGCCUGGAUUGUUUCUGAGGAUUAAACAGAAGACACAGCUAUGAUAUUAAUUUAGCCUUCAGUCAGUACUUUGACAAGUUUAAUCAUAUAUAAGCAGCUGCAGGCAAAAUAUUGCUUUUACUUAAAAAAAAAAAAAAAUGUUUUUGCGCUGAUGUGGCGGGCUGUUGUUUUGUAAGUACUGUAGACACUAGCACUGAGAAAUUCAGCACUUAGACUUUGAUAGAAUAUGUUAAAUUGUUUUGUUGUACAAAAAGUGAAGUAUUACCUGACUUGUGAAAUAAGUACUGUUGUAUAUGAUUAGAAUAAAUAAUAUUGAACGCUUUUUUGUUAUUUUUUUUUUUCACUGCACGGUGCACGGUGCAUGGCACUGCAUUACUCACAACACAACUAUUGAAGUUUCUAUGGAACAAGUUUAUUUUUGCAUUGCUGGCAAUGCA